AAGAGUGUAGCAGUGGUGUUGACCCUGCCGGUGUUGAAGCGCAUGUGGUGCGCAGGUGAGAUCGUAACAGCCUUCAAAAAUCGGGUUGUCACAGUUCCAUUGGUUUGUGAUGGAUAUGUUGCCCCAGAUCCAGAAUUGUUAGAGCAUUUGGAUGAAGUUUGGACGCUGCAGCAGAGACAGAUCCUGUCUUUCCACGGCAUCAGCAUGGAAGAUGUGCAGAAAGCUUAUGUUUGGCUGCGGGGCCUGGAGGUCUUGGAUGUGCAUCGCUUUGGGACAACGGAUGAGCUGGACAACACUGUGGUGGAGCUUCUUCGACGCGUGAAGGCGCCCAUGAAGUUCUUCCGGCCGAACAGUCCCACUGAAUCCUUGGUGAGGGUGAAAGCGCGAAUCCUCAUCACAGGAUCCGUACGUGAUGCAGAGGCGCUAGCUUCAUUGGAAGUCUUCCAAAUGUUAGCGCAAAAGCUCAUGCAGAGGGAAUGUACGGUGGUGCGAUCAGCCAGCCAACUGAUGGCAUAUCGGCCGUGGGCAUAUUACUUGGUGGUGCUUUUGUCCAAAGGCAUUCUCCACGACCCAGACUUUGCCAAGACCCUCCUGAGCGUUCAUCUCGAAGGAGAAUCAGCAGGAAAUCGGCCCUUGGAGCUGGUGACGGUCAAUGCUGACUCGCGCUUCGAGUUUCCAAAUGCCGAGUUUUUCAAAGACUUGGAAGAUUUCGCUCUUGGCCUUGACAACAGGGGUGAGGAGCCAUUGCCCAUUGAGUUGGGUCCAUUUCUGUCUUCGGCCUAUCGGGCAUUGCUGAAUGUCUUGGCACUUCCCUUCUCUCCCUGGGGCUGCGGCGGUAUGACCGCCCAUCAAAACACAUGCACACGGGCGCGAUUGGUUGAGUUGAGUGAGGCUCGGAGGGGCUCCUGGAACAGCAGGUGUCAGAGAUUUGUCGCCGCUUCCGGCGCUAUAAGAAUCCUGUUUACGCCACAGCCUUGGACGAUGAAGAGGAUUUGGAGGUGGAAGGGGAUGGCGUGGAUCCUUCACAGUUGCAGCAGGAGAGCGUUGGGAUAGACAUUUUCACGUCUAGCCAUGCAAAGAAACAAGCGUUCUCACGUGCCAAGUCGCUCACGUGGACAGAGACAGACUGGCAAUCUGGUGGACACUCGGGAAGGCCAUAUGAAUGACAACCUCAUCGGCAACUGGAGAAGAUUCUCAUCGCCAGGUAGUGCAGAUUCUUGCGAUGAUGGGCCGAACAUCAUGCUGGGGCACCCUGUUACGAGCCCAUCACCCUUGCAAGGUCCUUGGAGCCCCGAUUUCCCCCAGCCAGAUAAGCCACGAUCGAAUGCGGCGGCCGAUGGUGCAAUUGUUUGGAGUCCUGAUGUGCCAAGGACUUUGGGCUCUGGCAUGGGCUCUUGGAAUCCAGACGUUCCAGACACCUUGCUGCUACCCCAAGGCAUUCCGGAAGAACCAGAUCAGCAGUCGGAUCAGCCUCUUGUGCAAAUAUGAUAUAGAUAGAACACGGUUCAAGCCAAGAUUUCAACUUGGAGGAAAUGCAUUUUUGAUUUUUAAACAUGCAUGUUUCCGUGUGCAUGGGCCAAAGCCAAUAUCCUUCCGAACUGAU